GCAUUCUCCGCAGUCAUUGAACGCGAAAGGCCCAAGACCGUCGACCGCCCAUAUUUGCACCAUGUUCAAGCCGACCAAGCCGUUGAUGCGCAUGCGCCUGCGCCUGACCACGAAACAGGUCAAUGGCGGUUACUACAAGGGAAACCGGACCGGCGCCAUGGGUUAUUUCGCUAAGAACGGAUCCUACGUGAUCGAUUGGAAGAAAGUCCGCACAUAUGUCGUUCCCGAGGCUUUGGACCAAUUCAAGCUCACCCCGUUCGUCACGAAAGUCAUGGACCCGACGCAAUCCAAGUACAUCCGCGAGAUCGAGAAAAACGACAAGAUGAUUACGAUCGAGCGUGCUCUCGGGGGCAAGGACUAUCUGGAUAUGUGGGCAUUGGACAACGGCCGCGAGGUCCUCGAACAGGAGAUCGCAGACAGGGAGCUCAUAGAACUCGAGCAUCAGAAGGCUCAGAAUGCGGCUCAGAAGGCGACUAAGAAGGCUAGGAAGGCCAAGAAGGCUGCCGCGGCCCAAGCGACUCAAUAGACGACAUCAUGAAACAUUCACACCGAAUUCUCUUCCUUCCCGGGCCACUUCACUUGCCCUGUUUCUGGCCGGCGCAGUCUCCUUGAUCACAGCGGCGACUGAUGAGGUGCUAUGACAGUCACGCCGGGGGACGUUCCGGCUUAUUCUAAGGAUCUACAUCCGCCGACAUGUGUUGGGUUUGUAUCAUAUGUAUAGUAGUUUGUGGUGCUAGAUGAUGGGCGACAUGAUCCACUUGGGCUACAUCGGCUAGGGCGCAGCGAGAAGACAGAUCAUCAUCGCCUUCCGGGUCAGCAUUUCAUCAAUGCAUGUAUUGGUUUUGGGGCGUAUCUCGGGUUUUUUUUUGCCAUUCAGCAAGUGAUUAUACAAUCUUGCUUUCUUCCAAUACAGGACUGUCCAAAAUCGAGUG